AGAAAGAAUAGAUACCAAGAAAACACACCAUUAUUCUUGAUCAGAAAAAUAUUCCAGCCUUUCAAUUUUCAAAUACAAUGAACCAUGAUUUUGUUUAAUUUAAUUCUUUACUCUCACUCUCAGCUUCAGUCACAAACACUGAAAACAAUUUAUAAAGAAAAAAAGAAAAAUACCUUUUUCUUUUUCACUUUCCAACAGUACUAGUAGAGUAGUUAAACAGACAGACAGACAUAAACCACCGUUUUCAUAAGAUACUCUUCAAUGCCAAUGAAGCAACCCAACAACUCCUGUUAAGUUAAUUUGGAUUAGUUGUGUUGGCCUUGGAUGCUGCUGCAAUUGAUUCAGUCAUCAUGAGACUCUACCAUGCAUUGUUUCUAUUUUUGGCUUCUCUUCAAGUUGCUUUAAGUCAAGAUAUUGAACACGGUUCGCUACUAGUAAAUGGAGCUCAAGCAAAAGCUGAAACAGGUGAUAACUUUAUUUGUGCCACUAUUGAUUGGUGGCCUCAUGAUAAAUGCGACUACGGCCAUUGUUCUUGGGGAUAUUCAUCUGUUGUAAAUUUGGACUUAUCUCAUCCUUUCCUAGCCAAAGCGAUCCAAGCCCUCAAGCCUUUGAGGAUAAGACUUGGAGGUUCUUUGCAAGACCAGGUCGUGUAUGACAUAGGAAAUUUGAAGUCUCCUUGUCAUCCUCUUCAAAAGAUGAAUGGUCAAGGUUGGUUAUUUGGAUUUUCAAAGGGAUGUUUACACAUGAAAAGAUGGGAUGAGCUGAAUCAAUUUUUCAAUCAGACAGGGGCCAUUGUGACAUUUGGCUUGAAUGCGCUCCGUGGGAAGCACCAGAUUAGUCAUCAUGUUUGGGAAGGAGUCUGGGACCCUACAAAUGCUUAUGAUUUUAUAAAGUACACUGUUUCAAAGGGAUACAAGAUUGAUGCAUGGGAACUUGGUAAUGAGUUAAGCGGUAAAGGCAUUGGUGCAUCAGUUGGCGUUACACAGUAUGGUAAAGACUUGAUAAAACUUAAACGAAUUCUAGAUGUGUUAUACGAGAAGUCCAGGUUCAAACCUUCACUUGUAGCACCUGGUGGAUUUUAUGAAAAGGAAUGGUACGAUAAACUUCUUCAGGUUUCUGGUUCAGGCAUAAUCAAUGUUCUGACUCAUCAUCUAUAUAAUUUGGGCCCAGGUAGUGAUGGACAUCUUGAAGGGAAGAUUUUAGAUCCUAAUCGCUUGAGCAAGGUGGAAACAAUUUUCAGCAAUCUGUCAGAAACCAUUCAAAAACAUGGUCCUUGGACUUCUGCAUGGGUAGGAGAAGCUGGCGGGGCAUAUAACAGUGGCGGCCGUUGUGUAUCUAACACAUUUCUGAAUAGCUUUUGGUACUUAGAUCAACUUGGAAUAGCAUCCACCUACAAUACUAAAGUUUAUUGUAGGCAGACAUUAAUUGGAGGGAACUAUGGCCUUCUCAAUACCUCCACGCUCGCUCCUAAUCCUGACUACUACAGCGCACUAUUGUGGCAUCGGCUGAUGGGAAAGAAGGUUCUUGGUGUUUCGAGUGAUGUUUCCUCGCCAUUUUUACGCACUUACGCCCAUUGUUCAAAAGACAGAGCUGGUGUAACACUACUGUUGAUCAACUUAAGCAAUCAAACUCACUUCAUACUCAAUGUGAAAAACCCUGUAACUGUUAAAGCAAAUGAAGUGGCCAAAAACAUCCAUGAAGAAAAAAAUUCAUUCUUUCACAAUCUCAAGAAAGCAUUUUCUUGGAUUGGAACAAAAGGGUCAGAGGUCACAUUCAGGGAAGAGUAUCACUUAACUCCGAAAGAUAAUAACCUCAAAAGCCAAACCAUGGUGCUAAAUGGCAUUCCACUAAAGCUAACAAAUGAAGGGGAUAUUCCAACAAUGGAUCCAGUGCACAAUAAUGUAAGAUCUCCAAUAUAUAUAGUUCCUUUGUCAAUUGCAUUUAUUGUGUACCCUAACUUUGAUGCUCCAGCUUGUGCUAGAUACUGAAAACUAUACAGUUUAAGGUUUCUACUUUCUAUAUAGUCCUGUAAACUAGGCAUUAAAAGUAUUGAAUUGCAAGCUCUUGGUAAUUGUAAGUAGUGAGCAAGUGAUAUAGCAUUUACAAUAAUUUUAAUUUUGAAGAACAAAAGAAUGUAUCAACUUGUGAAUAUAUUUGUUGGUUUGAAUUUUAUUUCUGGUUUCACUUGAAGUUC